AUGGGAAGUAAAGAAGAAUUUUUGGAGGAGCUGCUCGACGUUGAAAUAAAGCUCCAAGAUGUUCAAGGCCAAAUAAAGUCGUUGCUUGACCAGCAAGAAGAGCUUUAUGAGAGACAAUCUGAACUGAAAGCUCUGUUAGAUCAUUUUGAAUCGUCUAGAAGCUGUGGUGAGGAUGAAACUUCUGUUUCCUUGAAGAACUGGUCUGGAACUUUUGAAUGGGACUCCCAGGCUGAUGACAUUAGGUUUAAUGUUUUUGGCAUAUCUUCAUAUCGCAUAAAUCAGCGCGAGAUUAUAAAUGCGAUCAUAAGUGGAAGAGAUGUCCUGGUAAUAAUGGCUGCUGGUGGAGGCAAGAGUCUGUGUUACCAACUUCCUGCAGUCCUUCGCAAUGGAGUCUCUCUUGUUGUCAGUCCUUUACUUUCUCUUAUUCAAGAUCAGGUAAUGAGUUUGGCUGCAUUAGGUAUUCCAUCAUUCAUGUUGACGUCAACAACAAGCAAGGAAGAUGAGAAGUUCAUAUAUAAAGCUCUUGAAAAGGGUGAAGGGGAGCUCAAAAUAUUGUAUGUCACACCUGAAAAGAUAUCAAAAAGCAAGAGAUUUAUGUCAAAACUUGAAAAAUGUCAUCAUGCUGGUCGCCUAUCUCUAAUUUCUAUUGAUGAGGCACAUUGCUGUAGUCAGUGGGGCCAUGAUUUUCGUCCAGAUUACAAGAAUCUUGGUAUAUUAAAGACUCAGUUUCCUGAUGUUCCUCUGAUUGCUUUAACUGCAACUGCUACAAAGAAAGUACAAGAUGAUCUGAUAGAGAUGCUACAUAUUCCAAAAUGCAUUAAAUUUAUGAGCACCGUGAACAGGCCCAAUCUCUUUUAUAUGGUACGAGAAAAAUCGUCUGUCGGAAAGUUGGUAGUUGACAGAAUAGCUGAAUAUAUACAAACUUCAUAUCCAAAUAAUGAAUCUGGGAUAGUGUAUUGCUUCUCCAGAAAGGAGUGUGAACAGGUUGCAAAAGAAUUGCGUGACAGGGGGAUUUCGGCUGAUUACUAUCAUGCCGAUAUGGAUGUCAAUUCUCGUGAGAAAGUUCAUCUGCGGUGGAGCAAAAGCAAGUUACAAGUCAUUGUUGGCACGGUUGCAUUUGGCAUGGGAAUCAACAAACCAGAUGUCAGGUUUGUCAUCCAUCACAGCUUAAGCAAAUCAAUGGAAACGUAUUAUCAGGAGAGUGGUAGAGCUGGAAGAGACGGACUUCCUUCUGAAUGUUUGUUAUACUUUAGACCAGCCGAUGUUCCUAGGCAGAGCUCAAUGGUCUUCUAUGAAAAUUCCGGGUUGCAGAAUCUCUAUGACAUCGUGCGAUAUUGUCUGUCCAAAACACAAUGCCGUCGAGGUGCUUUCUUCAGACAUUUUACUGAGUCUUUACAAGACUGCAAUGGAAUGUGCGAUAACUGUGCCUUCUCUAGUGAGGUCAAGGAAUUGGAAGUCUCUGGUCAUGCAAAACUUAUGGUAUCUUUGUUGCAAGAUACGCAAGAGAAUGACCAAAGGCUGACAAUGUUGCAAUUGGUUGACAAGAUGAAGAUCAAGAACAAGAAUAUAAGUCCUCAGCUAAAAAAGGAGGAAUUAGAACAACUUGUUAUUCAGCUUAUAGUGGAUCAUGUUUUGAAAGAAGAAUUCCAGCAUACUGCUUAUUCCACAAAUGCUUAUGUUACCUUAGGACCGUUUGCGAAGCAAGUAUUGCAUGGAAAGAAAAUUAUUAAGCUUGAGGUUUAUAGUGGAGAGAGAAACAGCUCAACAAAUACGAAAUUGAGCAAGCGCGGUAGAUCUUGUGGGCUGAAAUUUAAGCUUGAUGAGCUGCGAAAGGAACUUGCUUCUCUUGAUGGGGGAAUAUUUCCUCAUUCAGUAUUAUCUACUCAACAAAUUAACAUGUUGAGCGCUGAGAAACCAGGAUCAAUGGAACAGUUGGAGAAGAUUAUUGGAAAGUUGAAGGCAGAUAAAUAUGGGAAGAAAAUUCUAGAUGCAAUUGACAACUAUGAAUCAACGCACCAAAUGGAUGAUGAUUUUUCAGACGAUGGGGAAGAUUCUGCAGGCAGAGCCGCUAAGAAGUCUAAAACCAAAAAAGGUCUUGUUGUCAUUGAGAGUAGUGGAGACGAAGCAUGA